UAAGCCUUUGGACUCUUGUUGUCAUUGCCCAGAGCAUCAAGAUCCCAUUAUGAUCAACCCUGGCGCGAAACAACAUGUGGUUUUUCAAAUGGUUAAGUUUCUCUGGACUACCAUUCUCCGCAAAAAAAACUCCAAAGAAGAGAUAAUGGGAAUCAUAAGGGAACCAUCUCCAGUGUUGUUCGAUGCUGCAGAUGUUGGUAAUAUUUGGUUUUUGUCAGAGCUUAUUAGUGCUUAUCCUACCUUGAUAUGGGAAGUUGACAACAGAGACAGAAGCAUAAUUCACACAGCUGUUUCAGAACGCCAUGCUAACAUCUUCAAUAUCAUACACGAAAUAGGGCCUACAAAGGAAAUUAUUGUGACAUAUUUUGUGGAAGAUAGGAACACUUUAUUACAUUUGGCUGCCCAAAUGGCCCCAACAAGUCAACUUGAAUUAGUUUCUGGAGCAGCCCUCCAAAUGUGCCUUGAGUUAAUAUGGUUUGAGGAGGUGAAGAAGAUAAUGCCACCAUCGUACAUAAAGUUGAAAAAUUCUGAAGGCUUAACUGCUGAAGAAUUAUUCACAAGGGAGCAUGAAGGAUUGCGUCAAAAAGGAGAGGCAUGGAUGAAACGCACUGGUGAGUUCUGCAUGCUCAUUUCAACCGUUAUUGCUACAGGAGUUUUCUCUGCUGCAAUUAACAUACCAGGUGGCAUUGAUGAUCAAACAAAAAAACCAAACUACUUGGACCAAACAUCAUUCCUAGUAUUUGCAAUAUCUGAUGCAAUGGCACUCAUCUCAUCCGCAACUGCUAUAUUAAUAUUCUUGUCUAUUCUCAUCUCACGUUAUGCGGAGUAUGACUUUUACAAGUCACUGCCCUUGAAGUUAAUAUUUGGAAUGAUAACUUUAUUCAUCUCCAUAACGAGCAUGAUGGUGGCAUUUGGCAGUGCCUUCUUCAUAAUGUACAACAAUGGUCCGAGGUGGAUUCCUAUUUUGAUUUCAGUACUUGCAGGUUUGCCAAUACUUCUGUUUGUAGCACUGCAAUCUUCACUAUGGUCAGAUAUCAUCUACUCAACCUACUAUUGUAGGAAUCUAUUUAAGCCAAGUAAAAGCAUGAUUUACUUAGAAGAGAAGGAGAGGUGA